GCUCAGUUUACGUUUCGGCCGCGUCGCCUUCAGUUCCCCAGUGUUUCGUGACCAGGCUGCACUUCAUCCGCGGAGGCGCCUGCGAUUGCAAGAGCAAGCACAGAAACAGAUUCUCAAACAGAAACAGAAACUGGAUCCCAGAGCCAACUCAUUGUCAUUCAUAGCUUAGCAUAGUUGCUGCGUGAGAUUGUGUGUGCGUGGAUAGCGGCAGUGAGUGUGCGUGAGUGCGUAAAACCGGAGGCGUCUGUAGUUUUCCACAGGACAUCGCGCCAGCGAUUUGGACUAGCGAGAGCGGAACCCGUCGACAGGGCGCAUCGCUUGAAGCACUUCCUCCAUAGCCACCGCUGACAUCUCCUGUUCCUGUUCCCGUUCCCGUUCCCGGACGUCGACCAUGAAGCACUCGCCGCUAAUUGCCAGCGCUUGUCUGGCGCUGGUGUUGAUGUCAUCCAGCCUGAUUGGCAGCACCGAGGCCAGAAACAAGAAAAAGUACGUCGGCGAGACGGGCGGCGAUUUCGAGUUUAUCGAUGAGAUAAACAAAAACACGCAGAGCAACAAGAAUCUGGGCGAGCACAAGCGCUGGAUACACGAUCCCUCGAGUGACCUUUGCCGACCGCUGAACUGCAAGAAGCGUGAAAUCUGCCUGCUGGAGGACGAGUUCAGUGCCGUUUGCGUGUCGAAGAAGGAGCUCCACAAGAAUCGUGAUGAGAUAAUCACCAAGGCCAAGUAUUUGGAGGAGGAGGCCAAGCGGCGUGUCAACCAGCAGGACAACCAGGACAGCCAGGACGCGGAGGACAUCAACAAUGACGACGAGGAUAACAGCAGCGAUGGCGGCAGCAGCAACUCCAGUCCCACAGGCACCAACAAUGCCCAGGCCAGUGUCCAGGGAAAUGAGGAGACCGACGACGAAGAUAAGAGCCUGAGUCUGGGCGACGACGACGAGUCCAAGGAGGAUGAUGUCUUCUACGAGAACAGUAUCGCCGCCGGCGAUAAGCAGCAGCAGCAAACCCAACCUGCUGCAGGACCCUCCGUUAUUCAGCAGGACGACGACGAGGAGUUGGACAACUGCAAGCCGUGUCCUGUGGCCAAGCCGACGUUCCUGUGCGGAGCCGACAACAGGACCUACUCAUCACUAUGCAGAUUGGAUUAUCACAAUUGCAUACAUUCGACGUCCAUACGGAUCGCCUGCAAAGGAUUCUGUCCCUGCAAGGAGAUUGUCGAUGGAAAGCGGCUGCAGCGCAUCUCGGGCUACAACAACAAGUACAACAAGAAGAUCAGCCUGGACCAGCAGCAGCAGCAGCAACAACAACAGCAGCAGCAGCAGGCCUACAAGGACAGCAACAACAACAACAUCAUGAUGAACAGCGGCAACAUAAUGGGCGGCAACAACAACGACUUUAACACGAUCAUGAAUGACAAAGAGGACAAUAACAGGCACAACAACCACAUCAAUGCCCAGUACACUUUCACGCCCGAGGAGAUCAAAUAUGACAACAAGCACUACAAGUACCUCAAGUACACGGCCUACAAGAAGGACUCCAAGUACCAGGAGGACAAGCACAAGAUGCGCAACUACAACGAGGUGGUCGAGAAGCAGCAGCAGAAGUUCAAUAAGAACAGCAACUUGAAUGCCUAUCCCUCGAAAUCGGCGGAGUGCAAGCCGCAGCAACUGACGGCGAUUGGCAACCGACUGCUGGACUGGUUCUCGGUGAUCAUGGCGGACAGCAAGAAGCGGCGCCAGCACAGCCAGAAGUCGAAGGCCCACUUCCCGCCCGCCUGCAAGACGGAGGCCAAGUGGAUGUUCGGCCACCUGGAUUUGAACAACGACGGACAGCUGUCGCUGCAGGAGAUGUACGACCUGGAGCACGACCAGAACGAGCGCUGCAUCAAGCCGUUCAUCGACACCUGCGACUUGGACACGGAUAGCUCGAUCAACACACGGGAAUGGUGCCGGUGCUUCGAGAAGACGGAUCGCCCAUGUGCCGCUGUGCGCCGGAGAAUCGCCGGCGACUUUGCAGGUGAGAUAGGAGCCUACGCACCGGACUGCGACAUCCAGGGAUUCUACAAGCCCACCCAGUGCCACAAUUCCGUGGGAGUUUGCUGGUGCGUGGACAAGCACGGAGUGGAGUUCGCCAACACACGCACACGCGGCAAACCCAAUUGCGAGUCCGUGGUUAAUAACGCCGCAUCGCUCACAUCCGACGACGAGGACGAGGGCGCCGAUGACGAGGACAGCGCGGAGGGCAGUGCCGAUCAGAUGCUGGUUUUCUAAGCGAACCCACAGCUCCUCCAGCAGCUGGGGCAACCGAUGGCGAUAGCCCUGGGCCCUGGCGCAUCAUCCAAUCAGCGAGCUAGCGUUAUAACAGAAAAUUAAUAUUAUUAUUAUUAUUAUGAUUGCAAACAAAACCCGAGAAAAGUGGAAGUAAAAGCAAACGCAGCAGCGAAAAACCCCAAAAACAGAAACAUAAAUGUGCAGUAGCCAAGUAAGCGUUUUUGAAUAGAACUACGAAUAGCAAACAGCAGAAGCAGCAAAACUCACUCACACUCUCACACAUCACGCCAUCAAGGAUAACUAAAAGGAGCCAGGACGAGAGAGCAGGACGAAACUGUAGCAUAGUUGAAGGCGCAUCGCACGCAAAUUGGCAAACCGCUGAUGCCAGCAGUAGAAAAAAAAAGGAAAAAAAAAAAGGAAAAACAGAGAACAUACUCACCCAUCGCAGGCUCAUGUUAUUUUCCCCCUUUUUUCGGUCAAUCAGCACAGCCCAGUCAGCCACGAUUUCGCCUUUGUUAUCACUGUCGUUUGCACGGAUGGGUGACCUCAGUUAUAGCCAGUAAUCCGUCUAUUUUGGCCUUUCGCAGCAGAACUAGAUCCACUCAUACACAUGUCCUUCUCUGCUUUCGCGACACACAACACACGCUAAGAAUUCCGCCCAAACAAAAAAAUAUAUUAAAAUUUAUGUGAUAAGUUUUUGAAAUGAAUGAGAGUACGAACGAGGAAGGCAACUGUCCAUCUGCUAGCUGCGAGUCCAGGGCCCUCAGGAUCACAGGAUGGCAGGAUCGAAGGAUCGUAGGAUCGAAGGAUUGCAGCAUUGCAGGAUAGCUGGAUCUUAAGGUCUUAGGAUGUGGGGAUCUCAGGAUCGUAGGAUCUUAGGAUCCUACAUAGAAUCUUUGAAUCGUAGGAUCUCAGGAUCUGUUGAUCUUAUUCUCUUGGCAUCGUAGGAUCUUGUGAUCUUGUGUAGGGUCGUAGGAGCCGUUCAUAGUCGUUGGAUGGAUUCGGUGGAGACACAGGAACGUGUGGCCAAAACGCAAGUAAUCGGAGUGGGAAAUUUUGGUGGAAAUGUGGCAGACUCAUAGUUGCAUAUGUACGAAACAUAACCGCGUUCAUUUAGUGUUACUUACCAGAUAAAUAGUGAGAGAUCCGGCGCUUGCAAGGCUUUGUCAACGUCGGCUAAACGUCGUUUGUAUCAGCACCUGCCAGGGCAAAAAAGAAACUCAGCACCUGCUUUUACGUAAACACACCCACUCUCCAUUGAGCACUCCAUGAUCUUGGAGCUAAGAUUAAAAUUUCCACACACUCGUAGGACAUACGAUAUUAACGUAAGGAAAGGACUCGGCAAGAGAUUCGAUAAAUGGCAAUUCGCUUAUACAUGCAUAUAUGAAUAAAUAUAUAAUAUGUUUACCGUGUAAGUAUAUAAGAAGCAUAAUUAAGUGGCAGCAAAUAGCAGAUCGUCAUCCCAGUUUUUUUUUGUUUUUUAAUUCCGCUCUUUUGAUAUUUCCGGAUGUGAAAUUUGGAGUUUUAACACACAUUUUUGAGCGUGGAGUAAACAAAAAAUAAGAACAUUGAAUGCUUGCAAAAUGACGAAAUUAUAUAGCCAAUUGUAGUAAACAAAACCAAUGCAUAUAAAGAAACCUUUUAAUUAUAGCAAAAAUUUAUAACCAACAAUGAACAUUAAUAACAAUCAUUUGCGAUCGAGCGAAGAGUGGAGAAAAGUAUCUGUUUUCGGCUGCAUUUAAAGCGAAGAGCAAGAAUAAUAAAAAUAUAACUGACUAUGUACUACGAUUACGAUUGUAUUUAUGUAUGUAUUUAUUAAAAUGCAAAAUGCAUUACUUCUAGGAAGCCAUCACAGUUUAAACCCAAUAUUAACAGACCUUUGGCACUACAUCUUCCUUGGCAAUUAUUAUAGUUUUUCUGCAUUUCCGUUUCGAUUUUGUUAUACCCAUAGAAUCAUGGUCAUGAUACGUAAUGCAUUUUGAAAACUUUUACUUGAUUCGAUAGCACAGGUUUUCGUUUCUACCAACUACGAUUCGUUUAUGUACGGAAUGAUGAAAUCAAUAAAUAUUAUUUAAUGCAAUUAAA